AUGGAUUUUCGGAUUAUUGUAGCAAUUUUACUCGUUUCAAACGCUGGUGCCUUUCAGAGAGAAACAAAUACAGUGGCAUGUGCUUCAGAAAUAGUUAAAUUCAACGUCACAGAUAAAAGGGACUACUCAUACGUCUUAGAGCAAAACGAAGCCCCAAUAUCAGAUAUGACUAACAUUUCAUAUCAUUAUGGACAAUGGUUUGGAGAACCGAGUAUCAUUCUAUAUACGGGAUCAGCACCAGGUCUAAGGCAUUGUGGAACUUUGAACCCAAUUUAUCUACAAGAUGAAAGUCCAAUGUCUACCAAUAUAACUACAUUGAGAGGUUGUAUACAAGAAGAAAAAAAUGACUGCGUGUUUGCACAGUUGCAGGUUACAUAUUGUGAAAAUCUGAAUUAUCAUAUUUAUAAGCUCUAUAAUGAUUUUGGUGACAAUACUGCCUACUGUACUGCUCAAUUCAAUUCUGAGUUGAAUUAUCGGACCAAGGUAAAUGUUGAUGUUCCCGUACCAAGCGAAGAAAAUGGUAUGAUGAAGUAUAAAUUUCUCUGUAAAUUUGACUUGGACAGAAAUACAACAUAUUUCUACACUGUAAGAUGGUACAAGAAUAAUAAACUCAUUAAAACGUUUGAUUCUAUGACCCACAGUGGAAACCUGCAGGAUUUGACUUCAUUACAAGAAGAUAUGGUCGAUGAGAUCACUUUAGGAUAUAAGUUACAAUGUAGCUAUGCAGUAAGUUUACAGGCUGACUCUGAAAAGAGUUAUGAUGUGAAAAGUAGCCAACGGUUGAUAGGAAUUGAGAUCCUAACUCCAAACGUUAAUAUCAAAGAUGGUGGUAGCAAGGCUGCAAUCAGAGUGAGACCAAGAGUCCCAUUCGCCUGUUUGUCCACGGUUUCGAAUUGUUUCAUCAACGUAAACAUCAUAGAUCCAAAGGCGUCGGAAUCAAACACUGCUUGUAACCCCAGCUCUAGUUUUUCUGGAUGUGGUAUCAAGAUUUUGAGUUCGGACUGGGACCGAGAAUAUAAUGUGACAGUAUCAGCUGAUCCUGCAACUCAAUAUGGCAGCAAGUCUGCUGUUAAUAUUGUGAAUCUCAGGACUUCUGUUAGUUUCCCGUCACAACCGGCAUGGCAGAAUUACGACGUUGGUAAUGUUUCUAUUCAAACAAGUUACAAUACAGCCAAUAUCAAAGGAGCACAGUGUUAUGCUGUUUGUGAUCCUCAUAUGAGGACAUUCGGCGGCAAAUCAUAUGAACACCAGUAUGGGGGAUUAUAUACACUUUAUGAAAAUAAAGAUUGGAAUCAAGAGAUCCAAAUGAAAACAGAACCAUGUUCAAGAAAUGGUGCUGAACCAUAUUGUCCAUGUGGUGUAGCUAUUAGAGUUGGUAAAGAAGUAUUUGUUAUCGAGAGAUGUGGUACGGCUACAUUUUGGACAAUACAAUAUAAUCAAUGUAGCACCACGGGAACAAGGCUUAUUGCUAUUAGUAAAUCUGGCAAUAUGUACCGAUUUAAAUUACCAAGUGGUUUGAUAUUAAAAACAUCAGUUUAUCAACAACAGAAGUUUAUAAAUCUCUAUCUGACUCCGUCAGAAGCUGAUAAGACAGCAGCUGGUCUUUGUGGACAAGUUGGCAGUGCUUUGUUUUAUACUCGAGAAGGAGGCACAGUGGGUUAUGUAGAUCGUCCUGGGAUGCCAGUCUUCUCAAACUCUUGGAAAGUUACAACAGGAAUGAUUGAUUUAUUUUCCAACCAGAUUACAACCUUGACUCCGAUACAAACUGGCGGCUUCUUCUGUAAGUGCAGUAUUCCUGAAAGUGCCACGGAACCUGUCUUCUCGUGUGAGAAAAGCGCCGACGAGUGUGUUACUAUUACCUCCACAAAACCAGUUGAUAGCUGCAAAGUUGGAGAAAUUGAUAUCGAGUCUCUACCUGAUGCUAAUUUAGAGUCACCCAAUGAUGGACAACGCUUUGAGCAAAUGCUUGCUCGUCGUAAACGAGAUUCUCAUAGUAUAGCUAAAAGGGGUACUUCAGCAACGUCAUGGAGGAACGGUUGGACUCAAGAUACUGCCACUGACUACUGUAAUAAUUUAUUCAGCAACUCUACGUUUGUUUAUAAAUGUAAAACAAGUGCAGGUGUAGAUUUAACACCCGCAAGAAAAAAUUGUGUUCUUGACAUUGAGUAUAUGGGAGAUAUAAGUUAUGCUUUGGUAGCUAUUGACACCAUAACCAGUCAAUGUGUACAGGAGGUAGCUUUCAAUCCAGAAUUACAUAAACCUAAUGGUGGUAAGCCCUCCGUCUUGGAACAAAUCAAAGAAGUAGCUUGUCCAUUACAGUGUUCCUUGCAAGGAACAUGUGAGAAUGGAGUAUGUAAUUGUGAUGAAGGGUUUGCUGGUGUUGAUUGUGCUACAGAUCUGAACGUAGUACCACAAAUAGCCACAUUAGAAAAGGGCGGUAAAUGCAAUGUUAUGAAUGGUACAUGUACACAAGUAUCAGUUUUCGGGGGUGACUUUGUCGAUCACGACACCCUCAGAUGUAAAGUUAUAAAGCGUGAGUUGGACGUAGAUGGAUUCUUUAAAAAGAUAUCAGAAAAUGAACACAAACCAAUGGUCAAGAGUAUUGGUGAGGUUGUCUGUUACUUGAGUAAAAAUAGAAAGGAAAGAAACACAGUUGAAAGGCCUGAAGUGGAAUUUGUGACUGUAUAUGAUAUAUAUGUCAGUAAUAACGGUGCCAACUACAGUCAGUAUAGAAGUAUGGCUCUGUUCAACUCUGAUUGUCAGACCUGUUCUAUAAACGGUGAUGUAGUAUCUUGUAAUUAUACUGGCGAUGGUAAAUAUUGUAUGUCCGGUGGUCAAUGUUAUGCUCAUGGUGACAUGCAUAAAGAACACAAGUGUUACAAGUGCAUGAUUGAAGUGACAGAGAGUGAAAUAUCAGGCACUUCGAACGAGUACGAAGUUCGAAGUUGGGACAGAAUAAGAGAGGGUGACUGCAGUGAGGAAGGAGAAGAGAAUAUGUUAUGGAUAAUUGGAGUAGUAUUUGGUAUUUUAGCUGUUUUUAUAAUUGGUAUUUUGAUUGUCUAUUGUUUCAAGAAAAGAAGUAAAGGUUCUGGUGGUGCCUCGUGGUCUAAGAAUCCCAGAGCAUAA